CAUUGAUUCUCUUUUGAGAUACUGCAGUAAACAAAGAAAACUUCUGUGUUUGAAGAUUUUUGCGAGAAGUACUUCAGCUAUGGCCAAAUUUGUUGAUGACAAUUACUGGGUAAAUCGUGCUCACGAAGAAGCCGUGGAAAAUGCGAAAUUAAAAUACCAGCAAGGAGAGGGACCAUGUGUGAUGUUUGCUUUAGAUACGUCAGGAAGUAUGGCUGGAGAAGCUUUCCAACAGAUGAAGGCGGCUUUUAUUGACAUCAUAGACGAAUACGCCAAACGCCACAUGGAUGAAUCUGUUGCCGUGGUUACAUUUGGAGAGGAAGUCAAGUUUCGUCAUUAUUACUCCAAUAACUACCAAUCGCUGAAAAGAUGUCUAGAUGACGUGGUCUGUCGGGGUGCCUCUCCCAUUCAGGCGGCCAUUACUCUCUGUCUGUCGGGGUUGGCUUUUGGUGGAGGAUAUAAUACAGGGAUAGGAAUGUUCCAAGUAAGAGCUAAGCUAGUACUGAUUACCGAUGGUAAACCUACGACUUCUAACAUGAUAGGGGGAGAUGAGGACGAAGAUCUUAUGGACCCAGUAGAGACAAGGAAAUCUUUAAUGAACCUUAUUGGAGAUAUUGGACGAGGCAUAUCUUUAAACUGUAUCCCUGUGGGAGAGGAUCCCGAUUUUUGUCUCUUAGGAUCAAUUGCGUACACAUCGAGGGGAGGUAAACUUAUACAGCCUCAACAAGCCAGGCAAUAUGGAAGAUUUCAUGUCAACAUGAAAAAAGCAGCUGAGCUUUUACAAAAUAUACGAACGGACGAUUUUUCUCAUGGAGAUUUAGAACAAGCCAUGACUUCUACUGGAUUAAUCAAUCAAUUAACAGAGGAGGAUAAGGAUGACGUUUUAGAAAUUAUAAAUGAAAGAGGAGCAUACAAACACAGACAUGGAGAAGACGAUGAAGAAGAUGAUGAGGAUGAAAAUUGUGAAAUUAACCCAGAGAUGCUUCCCAUAGGAACAAGGGUUCGGCGUGGACCAGACUGGCGGUGGGGGGACCAGGACUGUCACGGACCGGGCACUGUUGUUAAUCACAACGACAACGGAAAACGUGGUUGGUUACGCGUGGUAUGGGAUGUAGGGUCAAGUUAUCCAUACCGAUAUGGUAGCAAUGGCCUCUUUGAAAACUUUGACCUGGUUGAAUGUGAUGAACCUAGAAUUCUACACAACGACCUUAUUGCUGUAGGCUGUCUUGUUGAAAGAGGUGAUGACUGGAAUUGGGGAGAUCAAGAUGGCGGAAAAGGAAAUAUUGGUGUCGUAUAUAAAGUGAAACGCAACGCCAUUGUUUACGUAAGAUGGCCAAAUUCCAAUAAAAGUAAUUACAGAUUUGGUUUUGAUGGUAAAUUUGAUGUUCAACUUUGCGACCCAUUUCACCCGGAUGUAGUCAAGAGAUUGCAACAACAAAAAGUUGCAGCUGCUGAAAUGCUGUCAUCUAAAACAGAAAGAGAAAUCAACAAUUUGAAAACAACUGAUGGGAAAUCUAAGAAUGCCGAAUGCAACUGUCCUACUGGAAGAGAUGCCUUUGUGAAGGAACCAACUUCAUCUCCUUCAACUACAAGUCCAAGUGCAAUUUCAAAAUGUGAUGAUUCAGACAUUUCUCGCUCGCAUGGAAAUUCCGCAACUAUUGAUAAAAAUUAUGAUGGUGAAUUGGAAACCGAUUUUGCUGCUAACGAUAUUUGGCAAUUCAAAGACGAGGAUGGCCAUUGGCGAAACUUCCCGAAAGAAAUGAGUCAAAAGAUCGAUACAAAUUACAGAAAGAAUAACAGGGCCACGGUACUGAUUAACAUCCGGGACUCCUUGUAUAGGAUAGUAUUAUCCAAGAUGAAGAGGAUUGACAUCAAAACACGACACGUCACCGACAUCAGAUGUCUCGAAAGCGGAAGUGACGUGGAUAAAUGACUGCAGUUUGACAAUUCAAGUGAAAUCAAACAAUAUUAAGAUAUUCUUGAUCGCAUUAGCUAUUUGAAAAGUUAUUUCUGAAGUUUUCUUGGUAUUUUUUUUUAGCAUUUUGUUUUUAUCCUAUUAUUAAGUGUUCUGCAAAAUAUGUGUACAUGUCCUUCUUUUACAAAUUUAUUCUGUAAAUUGCCUUAAUAUUAUUAUUGAAAUUUUGUUUAUUUCAAUUAGAUUAUUCAAGUGGGUUGUAACCCCAGGUUAAUUUAUAUCUUAUUUAAUGCCAAACCUUAUUUAAGAAUACAUGCGCAUGCUUCCGAAAUCAGAAAGGACUUAAAAAUUAAUCACUUAGAGAGACUUUAUUAUGAUUAAAAAUGAUUUUGAAGGAUAUUAUUAGGGUACCAUUUCUAUCAUGAUAUUCAUUGUAUGUUAAUAUCUAAAAGUAACACCCACUUUUGAAGAGUGCUACAAAAUUUAUAUGGUUUUAAAAUCUUAUCAUCAACAUAUUCGUCUUUGUUUUAGACCUCUUUAGGAUAAACUCUGAAAAAUUAAACGUCACAAUAUAAAUAUCAGCCUCCAUUUUCCGGCUACAUUGUUUAGUGGUAUCAGUGUAUGUUAGCCAAAUUAUUUACCAUUCAUUACCAAAAUAUUUCAUAAAUACAUCUUCAUCUCCAUCAAAUGGUGCUCACAAUAAAAUUGACAAGAGUUUAUUUCA